AUGCCAGAAAUCGAAGUUGUCAGCAACCAACGUUCCAAAUCCGUCCAGCACGUUAAAUCGUACCCACUAGUCAAGCAAACGCAUGAAUUUAUUGCGCAGCUGCCCGCAACCAGGGUUUUUGUAGCCAACACAAAACCAGUUUAUGACUCCGUGGCCAACUCGAAGCCCGCUCAAUGGGUUUCGCCCGUCACCAGAAUGGUGGACUCUGUGGCCGAUAAGGGUUUGGAAGUAACCGACAAGUGGAUUCCUUUUCUGAAGACCAAGACCUACAAAGAUCUGCGCCAGGAUGCAUCGACACCGUUCAUUUACACUAAAAAUGCCGUGGUGCAGGCAUCUAAUGCUACUGUUGAGGCUGCUGACACCUAUGUGUAUGAGCCCACACACAACCAGGUUAUUAAGUUCAGACAGUUCUACAACGCGAAGGUCUACGACACACACGGCAAACCACUCUUGAGAAGCUCCAUGGACCCAGUGGUGGGGCCUUACAACCAGAAACUGGAGACAAUGACAAAGUCGUAUUUCCCCACUGGUAAAGAAGUGGCCACCAAUGGGUUCAACAGUGAAAUUUCACGCACCUUGGCGCUUACUAGCAACUUGUUGGAACGGAUGUCACCCGUGGCCCAGCAAAAACUUGUCAAUUUUGUGAUGGCGCCCUGCACCUACACGCAGCACGUUAACAACGUUUUCAAUCACAACCUGGACAAACAGGAGAACUUGGGCCCUGCCAAUUCUUGGAACGCUUCCAAAAACGCCGUCUCCACUUUGAACCAGGAAACUCUAGAGUACGUGAACAACGCGAGAAACAGGACGGCCGACGUUGUGAACGAGGCCGACGUCCCAGUUGUCGCAGCUUGA